UCAUUUGAGAGGCUAUUUGAGAACGCUAGGGAACCAGCACGUUACUCUGAAAAUUGAUAGCAGAGGGAAAGCAGCAAAGCCUUAAGAAACCCCAUCACUGGGGCUGCAGUGUGGAGAAUGGACUUGGGGGACGGGUGGGGUUGGGAAGAGUGGCCAUGGGGGAGAGGUCCGGAGGCAUUACGGGGAGCUCAGGGGAUGGAGGUGUGAUGGUUGGUGAUUGUUCUGUAAGCUUAGUUGUUGGAUCAACACCACCAGAUGGCUCUUCUCCAAAGUGAAAUUCUGGAAAAUAAACUUUACGGUUGCAAUUGGGGUCUUCAUCGCCCAGCAUUUCAACUCUUACAUGCUCAUGGGUAGUAUCGUUACCAUGUGCUGGCAACAUACGGUGGCUGCAUCAUGUCUUUCUCAUACAUGUUGAUCGGGCAGGAAGGAGGAGUUCCUUUCCUUUUCAGUAAUUGCUACGAUAUUUUGGAGAUGUCUGGCUUGCAAACCUUGGCUGUUACUGGGAGAUGCCACUUGUACACUUAGCACCGGGCCGUCAUUUUCUUUAGACUCGUUACUGUUUGCAAAGCAGAGUUGCCUGUGUGUGCAGCGUUGAAUGUUACAUGGCUGGAGGUCAUUUGUGGUGUGUACCUGGUGGUUCACCUUCUUCAUCCAUUCUCUUAGUGUUUCCCGUUUUGAAUGACACUAUAAUUCAUAGAUUGACUUGAGGUAAUUAACAUCUGUAGGCAUCAGAGCUGUCAGAUUGUCAAACAUUUGCCUGAUUUCCUUGUGAGUUCUACAGUUAUCUUAGAAACGGUUGCCAUAAAACAGAUAGACUGCUGGUUACUUCUCCAGCAAAAUGGGUUUAUUCGGGACCAACGAAGAAUUGAAAUCUGGGGUCUGCAACCAUGGGGCGCCCGUGCAAGUCCCUGCGUGGCCAGGAGAGGAGAGCUCUUUUAAAGAGCUUGACUCUGGAGUCGAGAGUCCGCCGGAGGAAUGGGUCCCUCCGGCGGCUUUUCCCUGCUGGGCUGGGCUGGGGCAGCGUCUCCUGGGCUGAGGCCUUGCCAGGCGGGAAGAGGAGUCUGUCCACUUUCUGUCGGGUGGCCCUACCGUCGGGGUGUGGGAGUGCGCCUGCUGGCCUCCCAACUCUUUUUUUUUUUUUUUUUGCGGUACGCGGGCCUCUCACCGUUGUGGCCUCUCCCAUCGCGGAGCACAGGCCCCGGACGCGCAGGCCCAGCGGCCACGGCCCACGGGCCCAGCCGCUCUGCGGCACGCGGGAUCCUCCCGGACCGGGGCACGAACCCGCGUCCCCCGCAUCGGCAGGCGGACUCCCAGCCACUGUGCCACCAGGGAAGCCCCCAACUCUAUUUAAUUAAGGGUUCUGUUUAUUAAUUUUUACUAGACAGAGUUCUGUUGUGUUCUCUGAAAUAGCACAUAGGGGAAUGGCAGGGCCUGGGAGCCAGACAGAUCGGCCUCUCAAAGGCGCUCCACCUCUUUGCACCUGUUUGCUCAUCAGCAGGGCUCCAGAGACUGCCGAGCGCUCCGGUCCCUACUGGCGGGGGCACAGGAGGCUGCACACCUCACUCUGCUCACGGGCCUGGGGGCCAGGAGUUUGGAAGGGCUGCGGUGGGACCGGCCCGUCUCUGCCCCACAAGGUUGGGGUCCUCAGCUUGGAGGGCGCCGGGCCGUGGAUGGCUGGGUGGCUGAGGGCUGGAGUCUUUUGGAAGGGUUUCCUCAAAUCUGCAAGUUGCUGCUGCCUGUUAGCUGGGACGUGAGCUGGGCUGCUGAGCACAGCACCUCUGCGUGGACUCUCGCUGUGGCCUGGGCUUCCUCACAGUGAGCGCAGGGGCCGCUCUGUUUAGUCAGACUUCUUACUUCUCGGGGCUCCGGAAGUGAGUGUCCCGGUGAACAUGGCGGCGGGAGCUUCCGCAGCCCUGGAGUCACACAGCGUUGCUCCGGAUGCGCUCUCCUGCUUCCCAGCAAGUCGCUGAGCGUAGGCCACGUUGAAGAGGAGGGAACAAAGACCCCCAUCUCGGGAGGAGUGUCGCAGUUUGGGGAUGUGCUCUAAAAGUGCCUCACUUAGGUCUGCACAUAUAUAGACCCUGGGAGAUAUCUCCUCCCUCGUUUUCCUUCCUGCCCUCACUAAGCCCCGCUGUGAUGCUGGCAGUGCAAAUGAAGAUGGACCCUCCUGGACCAGUUCUCUGUGCGUCUCUGCGUUAGCGUGGGCCCCGUAAACAGGACUCUGAUGCAGAGCUCUGAUCUUGCGGGAGCUUCUGCUUGGCCCGCCCAGGUGGCCGAGAGUCCGCGUGCCCGUGGCUGAGCGGGAGCGCGUGGUUGCCCACGUACAGUGUGUGUGUGUAGCAACACCAAAAGCCCGCGUUCACCAGCACUUCGCAGCAAUUGAUGAGUACAGAGAGGUGUUUGUAAAAGCAUCAAAAUUCCAAAGCUUUUUGCAUCUUUGGUACUUUUCCUUCCAGCCCUGACGAGUCCAGCGUCUCACUUCUGCUGUUCCAUUGGCCUGUUUACCUGUUCUUGUGCCGUUAGCCACUUCUUAGUUGUUACCUGUGGCCUUGUAGGAUGUUUUCCAAUUUUUUGAGUUUUUCAGAAACAGCAGGAAUCUUGAUUGGGAUUGCAUCUGCGUGUGCUGAGAAACACCAGCAGCCUCUCCAUGAGCUGUUAGGAAGGUUGGCGGGUGCAAGGUUAGCCUGCGCAGACUGGGGGCAUCUCUCACCCAGCAGUCCACCAGAAAGUAUAGUGACAAUGAGAUACUUUUGACAGUAGCAAGAAAAACCAUGAUGUGUUUCAGGAUUAAUUAACCAGGGCUACAGAAGACCUCCACAGAGAGGACCAUCAAACUUUUUAAAUUAUAUUUUAUUUUUUAAAUAAAUUUAUUUAUUUUUUAUUUUUGGCUGCGUUGGGUCUUCGUUGCUGUGCGCAGGCUUUUUUUAGUUGCGGCGAGCGGGGGCUGCUCUUGGUUGCGGUGAGCGGGCUUCUCAUUGUGGUGGCUUCUCUUGUUGCGGAGCACGGGCUCUAGGUGCAUGGGCUUCAGUAGUUGUGGCUCGAGGGCUCUAGAGCGCAGGCUCAGUAGUUGUGGUGCACGGGCUUAGUUGCUCCGCAGCCUGUGGGAUCUUCCUGGACCAGGGCUCAAGCCCUUGCCCCCUGCACUGGCAGGCGGAUUCUUAACCACUGCGCCACCACGGAAGUCCCCGGACCAUCAAACUUAAUAAAGGAUGUAGGAGAGGACCCCACGCUCUUGGUCCUAGAGAGCUGUCUCUUCUCCCCACAUUAAUUUCCAAAUACUUUUUCAACAUUGUUGUAAAGUUGUUUCUUUUUUUUUCCCGGUACGCGGACCUCUGACUGUUGUGGCCUCUCCCGUUGCGGAGCACAGGCUCCGGACGCGCAGGCUCAGCGGCCAUGGCUCACGGGCCCAGCCGCUCCGCGGCAUGUGGGAUCUUCCCAGACCAGGGCACGAACCCGCGUCCCCUGCAUCGGCAGGCGGACUCUCAACCACUGCACCACCAGGGAAGCCUGUAAAGUUGCUUCUUGACAGCAGGGACUGUGUUUGGUUUGCUGCUCCAUACCCAGCAUUUAGAACAGAGCUUGGCCCAGAGAAGACUUUCAGUAAACAUUUGUGGAUUGAAUGAAAGGCACAGUUACGUGCACAGCAGAUUGUGUGCCCUGCUUUUCCAUUUGACAGCACCCAUGAGACUUUUUCCUUGGACUUAACCUUCGUGUUCGUGAUUGAUGGUUGGAACCGUAAUGGAUUUCACCAUUCCCCUAUGGAUGACGUGUAGGUUCUUGUUCUCUUUUCUAUCAAUGUGGAUAAGAAACAUUAUUUGCCUCUGACUUUCUUGCCAUGAGUUUUUUUUUUUUUUUAAACAAAAGGCUUCAUUCUUUUUUUUUUUUAAAUUAAUUUCUUUUAUUUUUGGCUGCAUUGGGUCUUCGUUGCUGCGUGCGGGCUUUCUCUAGUUGCGGCGAGCGGGGGCUACUCUUCGUUGCCCUGCCCAGGCUUCUCAUUGCGGUGGCUUCUCUUGUUGAGGAGCACGGGCUCUAGGUGUGUGGGCUCAGUAGUUGUGGCUUGUGGGAUUCAGUAGUUGUGGCUCGUGGGCUCAGUAGUUGUGGCACACGGGCUUAGUUGUUCUGCUUGCCGUGAGUUUUUAAUGCCCUUUGAAAUGAGGCUUUUGAGCUUUUCUCUUUUGAGAAGAGAUUAUUUGAGGUUAUUUUUAUUUAUUUAUUUUAUUUUUUUAUUUUUCUCUUUUUGCGGUACGCGGGCCUCUCACCGCCGUGGCCUAUCCCGCCACGAAGCACAGGCUCUGGACGCGCAGGCCCAGCAGCCACGGCUCAUGAGCCCAGCCGCUCCGCGGCACGCGGGAUCUUCCCGGACCGGGGCACGAACCCGUGUCCCCCGCAUCGGCAGGCGGACUCUCAACCAGUGCGCCACCAGGGAAGCCCUGAGGUUAUUUUUAAAUCAACAUUUAUUAAGGCUACAAAGCUACAGCCCUGUUUUUCUCUCUAUGCUUUUAUGUUAGAAUUUAUAGAUUUCAUUUUUCUCCUUAUAAGUUUAGUAAAUUUUGAUCUUUCACCCAUAAGACAGCCUUUGAUCAACUCAAGAUGAUCAGACUACAUGCACCAUUUUUAAUGAUCAGUCCCAUAUACAACUUAAAUCUUAUGCAUUUUGAACCCGUUUUAAGUUUAGUAGAUACACUUUUUGUUUUAAGCACCUUAAAUAUGUGACCAAAUAAAUAAAACCUUCUCAGUAGAUCUAGUAACUUAAAAUUGCACAUGUAGUGAAUCUCAAGUUCUCAAACUUUCCAGACCUUCUACCAGGAAGUGACGUUCGUCGGAUGAGGAACUUGGUUUUGCUCACUGCUGCACCCUCAGGACCUAGAAUAGACCCUGGCAGUCGGUAAACUUGCAUAGAUGAAGUAAUGUUUACAAUCUUAGUAAAUUUCUUGUGCCUUUUCACUAAAAAAGAAAUGUGUAAAAUCAGUAACUCAGUUAUACUUUUAAACUGGAAUCAAGGCUAAAACCUAAGAUUAAUUUGCCAAAAUUUCUUGCGUACUGCACACAACUUAAACGUCAAAUACAUAGAUUAUUCUGAAGCUAAACACAAAAAUAUUAAAAUCUAUAUCUCCCACAGGGCUUAGAGACACCACUAAGGCAGGAAGGAAGUCAUCUCAGGCGAGUCGGGCUUCUCAUCUCAGGGACCACGUGGGCUGGGAUGAGGGGAGCUGGGGUGCUGCUGACCUGGGGCCCCCUCCACCGUCUGACCCGCAUGCUGCACCUCCUCUUCCUGUCUCUGCAGACUGAGCCGUCCUGGACCUUCCCGGACUCACCGUCUGCUCUGAGCAGGAAGGCCUUCUCCACCUGGUGGUACUCAGCCAGUCUGUCUGCCUCUGGUUCUUCCCUGACUUGUCAGUUGUCCUUGACUAGAUCCUUAGAGAUAUUAAAACACCUGCCUGUUAGAUUUGGCUCACCUUUCAUUUUUUUGUCUGCCUUUCAGGUUGCAACACUAAUGCUGUCUUCUUAGCUGAGUUUGAGAAGAGUGUAACUUUUUUUAUGGGUAACUAUACAUACGGUCAAAUCUCCUUCCAAACCAAUUACACGGUUUGUGAGACCUAGGAUUCCUGCAGGGUGCUGGGUUUCACUUCGUCUUUGCUAGCAAAGUGGCGCACUGUUGUUUUAAAGUUAAUAAUUGCUAGCUGAGAAAGGAUGUAUAAUUUUAAAUUUUGUAUUUCUUUAAUUACUUUUAGUUUUAACGUUUCUGUACAUGAAAAUUGGAAAGUUGUGUUUUCUUCAAGUCUGGCUGGAACUCUUGAAAGGGUACCAAAGUGACAGUUUCCAUAAAUGUGUUCUUUUUUAACUGGAUGAAACUUGUAGAAAUAAAAUGGACAAAACCGUGUCUCACCCUUCAACACCAUGGUGUUGUUAAGCCUGUUGGGUCGGCAGUUCUUUGACUUGGAUUUUAGAGCCUUGCGUGACGUUAAGAAUUGAAGACAGUUGGAGGAAAGGGAACCCGUGUGCACUGUUGCUGGGGAUGUAAAGUGGUGCAGCCACUAUGGAGAACAGUAUGGAGGGUCCUCCAAAAACUAAAUAUAGAGCUACCAUAUGAUCCUGCAGUCCCACUCCUGGGCGUAUAUCCAGAGAAAAUGAAAACACUGAUUCAAAUGUUCAUAGCAGCACUGUUUCCAGUAGCAAAGAUAUGGAAGCAACUGAGGUGUCCAUCAGCACAUGAAUGUAUAAAGAAGUGGUAUAUAUUUACACAAUGGAGUACGACUCAGCCAUAAAAAAGAGUGAAAUCCUGCCGUUUGCAACAACAUGGAGGGACUUGGGGGGUGUUAUGUAAGUGAAGUAAGUCAGAGAAAGGCAAAUACUGUACGUUUCCUUUAUACGUGGAAUCUAAGAAAUAAAAUAAACUAGUGACUAUAACAAAACAGAAACAGACUCAGAGAUAUAGAAAACAACCUAGUGGUUACCAGGGGGGAGAGGGAAAGGGCAGGUAGGGGUAGGGGAUUAUGAGACAUAAACUACUAGGUAUAAAAUAAAUAAGAUACAAGGAUACAUUUUACAGCACAGGGAAUGUAGCCAAUAUUUUUUAAUAAUCAUAAAUGGAGUAUAACCUUUAAAAAAAAGUGAGGACACUGUUGUUGAGUUUGAAUAUAAUAGAAGCUUACUUUUCUAUGUAAUGGGGGAGAGAAUUAGGGAUUAAUUGAUGUUUAGAAAUCUCAAGUUAACCUUGGUUUUCAUAUAAUGCCUAAAAGAAGAGUUUUUGCUAAACAAAGAUGAGCCUGCUGACCUUUCAUCCUUGGGUUGGAUGCUUUAUUUCCCAGUUAAUGGUAGGUUUCCCUUAGUCACUCAGGUUCUGUCUUGGGCCUGCCUUGGCCAGGGCUGGGAGGGCCUGUAGCUGAGUAGCUGAGGUUGCCAGAGGCCUGGACCAGGGCACGCGCUUCCUCCCAAGCCCAGGCAGCUCUGCGGGAUGACCCUGUGAAUUCUGCUGGGGACCAGGGCACGCGCUUCCUCCCGAGCCCAGGCAGCUCUGCGGGAUGUGUGAGCCUGUGAAUUCUGCUGGGGGCUGUUUGCCCGCUUGCAGGUGCCAGGCCGUGUUUCUGCCCCAACAUGGAGGACCAUUUUGCUGCAGCCUGGAAUUGAGCACCUGAGGACUUUGCAGAUAGAUGGCUGCCGGCGGGCCUGGACCACCCUUUCAAGCGGACGGCGCCAUCUGCUGGCAGCUUCUUCCAGGCGCCUUCGGUGUCCUGCGGGAGUGGGACCUUGGCACUCUGUCCCCACCUUUUUACUCAACAAAAUGUUAGUCAUAUGGAGUUGCCUUUUUUUUCUUAUUUUUCCACUUCUUGCGUGGUGUUCCAUUGUAGAGGAAGUAUGUAUUUUCAAAGCUUUUGACGCAAAUUUCAAAUUUUUUCCUUUAGAACGGUUGUACCAAGUUAUGUCAGAUAUUGAAGUUUCAACCAGGUUGGUAGAGAGAGGGACUACACAUCUAUAUGUUUUUAAAAUGAAACGUUGACUUGUCCCCACUAUUUAUUAUGGGCAUUUUGAAAGCCCCCAGAGUUGGAAGAGUGAUCCGCCACUGCCUAGAUCCCGCAGCUGUGGGCUCGACCGCAGUGUCAUCUCGUGGGGCGGGCCGGCCGGAUGCUGGAAAGUGACCGUGGAGAGUUGGCCCCCAGCCGAGACCCACGUGGCUGUGGCUCUGCCUUCUUGGUCGAGGCCCUUCCAGGGCCUCUGCUGUGCAUUUUGUUCAGGUCAGCUGUUGGGAAGCCACUGUCAGGUGGACGCCUGUAGGUGAGCAGCUCGGGCCCCUCCCGGCACUGGGCUCAGGACCGGCUCUGGGUGUCCUCGGCCUGUGUCAGCACCACUCCAGGCUGCUUCGGAUUCACACAGGUUCACGUGGCCACGCCCUCGGCGCCUCUCCCCUCCCCCUCUCGGCAGGACACGCCUCUCGAGACCCCUAACGUGAUUACCCCUGUAAAGACCCUGUUUCUAAGUAAGGCCCCACUUGCAGGGCCUGGGGGUCAGGACCUGGGCUACUUGGAGGACACGUUUACACCGCUGCACGUGCUGGCCACGCCCUGACGAUUACCGGGCUGGUACGGGUGGCCCAGACUCGCUCGUCCAGAAUUCCCUCGUGGGUAUUGAGAAGCGUCUCAAACCUUCAACGUCCCAUCUCUCGCUUUCUCCUCCCAGGCCGCAGACCCCGCUCCCCGCCGUUGGCUCCACCUCGGGACAUGCGGCUCUGCUCUGCCGGUGGCUCAGGUGAAUGACAGCGUUCCCACCUUUGCAUCGCGUGCAGAUGUGAGCCGAUGCCCAGCGCAGCCUCCCUGAGCUCACCUGUGUCCUUCCUGCCUGAGACGCCGUUUGCUUUUGACUCGAGAUGAUUUGAUGUUUUAUAAAGAACUCACUCACCAUGAUGGCUACGCAGACGUUGAGCGUCGACAGCUAUCAGGAUGGGCAACAAAUGCAAGUAGUAACAGAGUUAAAAACGGAGCAAGACCCCACCUGCUCUGAACCAGAUGUGGAAGGAGUGAGCCCUCCCCCUGUGGGGUCCCAGACCCCGAUGGACGCAGACAAGCAGGCCAUUUAUAGGCAUCCGCUGUUUCCACUAUUAGCUUUGUUGUUUGAAAAAUGUGAGCAGUCCACACAGGGCUCGGAAGGCACAACUUCUGCCAGCUUUGACGUGGACAUUGAGAGCUUCGUAAGGAGGCAAGAGAAGGAAGGAAAGCCCUUCUUUUGUGAGGAUCCAGAAACUGACAACUUAAUGGUAAAAGCAAUCCAGGUUCUGCGUAUUCAUCUUCUUGAGCUGGAAAAGGUUAAUGAACUCUGCAAAGAUUUCUGCAGUCGCUAUAUUGCUUGUCUAAAAACGAAAAUGAACAGUGAAACUCUCCUGAGCGGGGAACCUGGCAGCCCGUACUCCCCUGUCCAGUCCCAGCAGGUUCAAAGCGCCAUCACAGGCACUCUCAGCCCCCAAGGAAUCGUGGUACCAGCAUCCGCUCUGCAGCAGGGGAGCGUCACCAUGGCAACAGUGGCAGGGGGCACAGUCUAUCAGCCGGUCACAGUCGUCACUCCCCAAGGCCAGGUGGUGACACAGGCGCUGUCGCCCGGCACGAUCCGGAUCCAGAACUCCCAGCUUCAGUUACAGUUAAACCAGGAUCUCAGCAUCUUGCAUCAAGAUGACGGUUCAUCUAAGAACAAGAGGGGGGUCCUGCCGAAGCACGCCACCAAUGUGAUGAGGUCCUGGCUCUUCCAGCACAUCGGGCAUCCCUACCCGACAGAAGAUGAGAAAAAACAGAUUGCUGCUCAGACAAAUUUGACGCUACUCCAGGUGAACAACUGGUUCAUCAAUGCGAGAAGACGAAUCCUGCAGCCGAUGUUGGAUUCUAGUUGCUCAGAAACUCCAAAAACAAAGAAGAAAACUGCUCAGAACAGACCCGUCCAGAGGUUUUGGCCCGAUUCCAUCGCCUCAGGAGCCGCACAGCCAGCCGCCAGCGAGCUGACCGUGUCCGAAGGAGCCGUCGUGACCAUCACCGCGCCCGUGGGCAUGAACGUGGACAGCCUGCAGUCCCUGUCGUCGGACGGGGCCACGCUGGCGGUACAGCAGGUGAUGAUGGCCGAGCAGAGCGAGGACGACUCGGUGGACAGCACGGGGGACGGCGGGGCGGCGCUGGCGCCCGGCCACCUGGGCGGGCUGGUGCUGGAGAACAGCGACUCCCUGCAGUAGGGCCGCCCGCCCCGCCUUUUAUAGUUGGCACAGCAAACAUUUUACACAGUUUUAUUUCUAAUAUGUUUUAUAUGUAGGCAUAGAAGAGUGCACUUUUGUAUUUCCUAGUAAGCUUCCAGGGCGUCUUUGCUGGUGCAGCGACUUCUUUCAAGGUGUGUGUGUGUGUGUGUGUGUGUGUGUGUGUGUGUGCGCGUGCGUGUGUGUGUGUUUUUAAGGAAAUUCUUUCAAGGUUUAACGCUAAAAGUAUGAUGAAUGACAGACCCCCUCCCCCGCCCCCUGAACCCCCGACUAGAUUAAGGAAUAGUGCUGCCAUUUUCUAGAAAAUCAUGCAGUUUUAAUUUAGCUCUGUGGUGAAAGCAGGUCUCAGUGGGCUGGUUUAUUGACGGAGCCCGUGGAUUAGGAAGCAGCUUCUGGCCCUGAAAACUGCCGGUGUGAGGCGGAUGACAGCACACAGCAAUAAACCGCGUGCGACCUGGCGGCGAAUGUAUGGCGAGUUAAAUGUGGUUCCGUUCGCUCGUGUUCCGUGAGCCUGUGUCAUUUGCUGUAUGUGAAAAGAAACUCCUAUUUUUACCUUGCUGGAAUUAUUGGAUAAAAAGCUAUUUUUAUAAAUUCGUUAUGAAUUGGAUUAUGACUAUAUCGAGGAUAAAAUUUCUAGAGGAGAAACAGUACAUGCUUACUGUCUCAAUUUGGAAUGUUCUGAAUUGACCAAAUUUGACGAACCUGCCCAAAGUUAGCUAGCAUUCCAUGGCUCUCUGCUAUCCCAGGGUAGCAAUUUACAUUUACUCCUAUAAAAGAAACACCUAUUUAAUGAAGGUUUGAUAUCUUCAAAUUUUAGUCUAUCCGUACAUGCUCAGAUUGCAUCCUACACUUAUCUUAAACAUACGUCUAAAGGUACUUGCUAAGUAGAGCUUAGGUAAGCUAAGAAAUGGUAGCCAGUGGUCAGUUCAAAGCUCUUACUGACAUAUUUCAGUCUAAUUUAAAUUUGACCACAGUUAAAUGGUUAGUGUACCAUGUUAGCUGGGUGUUGUUUUAGAAUUUUUUAGUCAGCCAUAUGUUACGUGUAGAAUGUUUAUGAUAAACUAAUAUGAAGUGUCCUCUAUCCCGCUGGCUCAGAGCCGGGUAAAGAGCAAGCCCUCGGCUUGGUUACACGAUUAACAAACAUCCCCUGCGGGACGGGAACGAGUGGGGCCUGGAGGAUGGGGUGACGGUGGCCCUCCUGCCGCCGCGUCUCACGCUGGUCCUGGGGUCGGUGUUCUCUCCUGCACGUGGUCCUUCCCUCUGACUUGAUCACAUCAGAUCUGGAGUAGUGUUGGGACUUCGGUUCCUGGUGACCAGACGAACCACAAGAGCAGACUGGGUUUGUUUCCUUGGGUUUUGAUUUGUUUCUGUUGGUUUGCUUUCAAGUGGGGCUUUUCCUCAGAGAGGAAGCAGAGGCCCUGGUUUCACGGAGGAAAUCUUCGUGUUACCGUCAAGCUCAGCGCACUUCUCAAGGACAGUCUUACGGUCGGGAAGGUCGUCAGCUCCUGAGAAGCAGUGACGGUAACUGGUUGUGGACCAAGGCAACGUGGGGGUAUUCUGAGCUGGUGCAGGUUGUUUUCUGGAACUGACUUUCCCCCCCGAAAUUAUUAAUAAUUAAAGUUACUCAUAGGAGAGCACUUCCUAGGUAACUCAGAAGGAAGCAAGAAACACACAGGAAUUUCUUUAAAAAUAUUUCAGGAGGUUUAAAAGAAAAACUUGAUUCUCGACUCUUUUGGGGGAGACAAUAACAUUUUAAAGCAGCUAUUGCGUCCCUCAUUUGUAAACAAUUUCAAAUAUUUUAAGUCAAGUCUACACCAGUUUAAAAGAUCAUUUGAAGUCCAACGAAGUUAGAAUUUAGACGAGGCCCUGUGGAAGCCGGCCAGCCCCUCCCUCCCACCUCCCUCCCUUCGCCUCCCCCCCCCCCCCGCGCCCCCCCCCCCAUCCCUCUGCCCUUGGGCUCAGAUCAGUGACAGGGGCAGGUGGUCGCUCCAGGUCCGCGUUUCCCUGCAGCAGAAAUCCUGUCCCGGGAUGCGUGCUGCACAGGCCACGGCAGUGCUCACGCGGCGCCGCGUGGGGGUCCAGCCGUCGGUGCCCGGGGUCUCGGCCACACUCCCUCCAGCCGAAGUCUGCGUGCUGCUCGCCACAGUCAGAGGACAAGGAUGAAGCCCACUCGAGAGAGGGCGCUCUGGACACAGCCUGAGGUUCCUUUAAGCCCUUCCCCUGAGUAACCAAGGGGAUUUUAAACAACCCGACAGGCAGAUUGUUAACCGCUGCCCGGCGUAUUGCUGGUCACUUGGUCCCUAAUAAAUACCCGUUUUCCAGCCCUCGGAUUUUUGAGAGCAUCUGUGAGAGCACGACCCCGUUGAGCUUUCAUUUUAAAUGAACAAAUUCGACCUUGACUUUGCUUUUGUUGAAUUCUUUCCCUGUGAAGGAUGCUUUUGACGGUGGUUUGAGACCCAGGUUAAGCGCGGUGUGUUACCUGCUGCUCAGCUUGCGAGCCGGUAGCGGACGGCUGGUCCGUGCCCUGGCCACGCUCCAGCUGCUGCACUAACGGAGCUUUCCGUGUCUUGAUUCCAGAAAUAAGACAGUGUAAGCAUUUAUCCAGCAUGCAAAGUGAGAUGGGCCCCGGCCCCAGCUCGCUCACAGACCACAGAGCCCUGACGCUGGAACCUCAGCCCCGAGGGUCCCGGGAGUCAUCUCUGCAUAACCUGCCCGUGACCCGACUCUUACCUGGGCGAGAAAGUGUUGGAGCACUUUUUCUUUUAGACAAGCUCAGACAUCCCCGGAAGGUGAGAACGGCCCACCUCUGGCAGUUAGGGACAGGAAUAACUCCGCCGUCCUCCCGUUUCCGUUGUUUGGUCUAUGAACUGACAAUCUUUAAAUGUGAAUAUACUGUAACAAUUGUUUUCUCGGAUUGUUGUCUUUGAAAGGGAUUUUUGUGAAGCAACUGAUCUAUCAAAGCAAAAAAAUUAAAAACAGAAACAUGCUU